AUCCUUUUGAACUGUGCGGUACAGUAAGUCAUUACCGCAUCAGCUGGUCGGUAUUCUUGACAGAUAUACCCUUUGUCAGUCUAUGAAUGCAUACUCUAAAAAUCGUCUAUCAAUAUGUUUGCAGAAAUUAAACGAUUUUUGUUCUACAAUUCCUGCUACAAUUAUUGUGUUGAUUAUUAUUUGGUCAUAUUAUACAGUUGUGUUUGUGAUAUCUCAAGAUGUAUUGACUGACACAUAUCCAAAGAUCUUGUUCUUCAUUCCAUAUCACGUUAUAUUCGUCUUAUCCAAUUUGUCUUUUUGGAAAUCUACCUUUGCUAGAGUAACUUCAAUACCAAAGAAAUUCUGUCUUUCAGCAAAUGAGACAAAAUAUUUCAUAGAAUUAGAAAAUGACCAUGAUCGAUCAGCAUUUUUAAGUAAUUUGGUUGACAAAAAGCAACUGUCUGUACUUACUACUGGGAAGACAAUCAAUCCACCGUUCUGUGACAUAUGCUUCCUUUUGAAACCAGAUCGUACACAUCAUUGUUCAAGUUGUAUGAGGUGUGUCCCAAAAAUGGAUCAUCAUUGUCCUUGGAUAAAUAACUGUGUUGGUUAUCACAACUACAAAUAUUUCAUUCUGUUCAUCUUCUACGGCUUUAUUUACUGUCUAAUGUGUUUCUCCUUUGCUUUGCCUUAUUUUCUCGGCUAUGUAAAGGUUAACCGUGAUAGUAGUAAUCACUCAUGGAGUCUCUUCCAAGCAUUUAUGCUGGCACUUUUAUCGGCUGUGUUCGCGUUCGCAUUGUCAAUCCUUCUACUUUUUCACGUUUACCUAAUUAUCAGAAAUCGGUCUACUCUAGAAUACUUUAGACGACCGAAUUUCCGUGAUAAAAACAAUUGUGUGUACGGUUUUGAUCUUGGUUGGAAGGAGAACUUUCUUCAGGUAUUUGGUGAUAAAAUUGUCUAUUGGCUAUUUCCUGUAUUUUCUAGCAAAGGAGAUGGAAUCUAUUUCGAAAUUCGUCAAAAUGAAGCUCACGAAGACUACUCAUUGUUACUUUCAGAGUUUAGAAGUAUUUACUGUUAUCUGUUUGUGUUUAUCCUUUGCAUUCCACAGGCACAAAUGACUUCUUUUUUCUAACUUUGUUUCUGUUGAGUGUAGACUACUGAUCGAUUUCUAAAAAAUAUAUACCUGAAUUAUCUGACUGUUC